AUUUAUUUUCAUUUACUAAAAUACAUCUUUGUCUUCUGCUGUGUAGUUCACAAUUAUGUAAAUGUCCUAUAUCUACAAUAUUCAGAUUUAAUUUAGCAAAUCGUAAAGAUAUAUUAUAUUACCGAACCCCCCUUCUUCCCUGGCAGCUUUAAUGAGAGUAAAUGUUUGGUGAUGGUCUCACUGAGGCUCCAGGCUGCUGAACGCUGCUCAGUCCCUCUCAGACAGAUCUCUGGUCCCGCUCCACACAGACGCUCUGAUCCUCUCUCUCUCUCUCUCUCUCUCUCUCUCUCUCUCUCCCUCUCUCUCUGCCUCUCAAUUGGUCCACACUCCUCGUCUGUCAGGGGGGAGGAGGAGGAGGAGGAGGAGGAGGAGGGAUGGUCGGAGAGGGAAACACCGAGUUGAUAGAUUUGGUAGCAGAGAGCCCUCAGAGAACCCUGUGAGCACGAGCACCUCGCUCCUGGGAGGAAGCCUGCGGUGAAGCGGACGCGGAGUGCAACCGGGACAAACAGGAUUCAGCCUCUUUUACGCGGCACUUCUGGUCCAGUUGUGUUUUAAAUCUAGGAGUAGACAAGUAGACAAGCGAGAAAACCUCUGAUCAUGUGAAUACCCCCCCUCAUAAAAAAAAAAAACCAAACACAAAAACUAAAAUAUAUACAUAAAGAAAAUAAAAAGGAAAAAAAAAAGAAACCAGGACUGAGGAGUGUUGGAUUACAGCUGUGUGGAGUAAACGCAUCCCAGCAGAGGAUGGAGGGGAAGAUACGCGCGGAUACGGAAUAAAAGAGGUUGUUGUUGAUGCGGUGACAGCAGCUCUCUCUCUCCGGUCCGAGCACAGCGCGCAGCAGGCGUCGGGAUUCCCUUUGUCCCCCACGUGUGGAUGAGCUUUGGAGCGAAGACAAGGCGUGCAUGUGAAGCUGCCGUGGCUGGACAGCGAGGGGAGAUACUCGAGGAAACAUGAGGAAGAGCAGGAGUGUUCUCACGGUGUCCCCCAACAAUGACAGCAAAGAGCCUCCUGAUUGCUGCCUCAGUGAGUCCUUCACAUCUCCGUCCUGCACACUGGGUGUCGACCUGCGCCGUGGACGACGACGUUUCUCCGGCAACCUGCAGCUUCCCCCGUUGUCAUGGCGACAGGCGGAGAGGUCGAGGACUCCUGACGACGAAAUCAUUGCCAGGCCGACGUCCUUGCCCUUCGGAGCCCCUCCCAGGAUAGACAUCACGCCUGUUGAUCCUGAAUGUUUCGAUGUGGAGAAUGGCCCGUCUGCCAGCUGCAGCCCCCUGGACCCCCAGGCCUCCCCCGGCUCUGGGCUGGUCCUCCACACUAACUUCCCCGGACAUAACCAGCGUCGCGAGUCCUUCCUCUACCGUUCUGACAGCGACUAUGAUCUGUCGCCCAAGUCCAUGUCACGAAACUCCUCCAUCGCCUCCGAACUACAUGGUGAUGACCUGAUCGUUACGCCUUUUGCUCAGGUUCUGGCAAGCCUUCGAAGUGUGAGGAAUAACUUCACAGUACUGACCAAUGUCCAGUGUGCCUCCAGCAAGAGGUCUCCUGCAGCAACGACUCAGCCUCCGAUCACCAAAGUCUGUCUCCCAGAUGAGGCGUACCAGAAGCUGGCCAUGGAGACGAUGGAGGAGUUGGACUGGUGUCUGGACCAGCUGGAGACCAUCCAGACCUACCGCUCUGUCAGCGACAUGGCCUCCAACAAGUUCAAGAGAAUGUUGAAUCGGGAGUUGACGCACCUAUCUGAGAUGAGUCGGUCUGGGAAUCAGGUUUCCGAAUUCAUCUCCAACACCUUCCUAGACAAACAGAACGAGGUGGAGAUCCCGUCGCCAACAUCCAAGACGCGGGAGAAGAAGAAGCAGCAGAAGCAGCAGCUGAUGACACAGAUCAGCGGAGUAAAGAAGGUCUCCCAUGGGCCCUCGCUCUCCAGCAGCAGCAUCUCGCGAUUCGGCGUCAAGACAGAUAAGGAGGAGCUGCUGUCCAAGGAGCUGGAGGACCUCAACAAGUGGGGCCUGAACAUCUUCACCGUGUCGGAGUACUCCCACAACCGGCCCCUCACCUGCAUCAUGUACGCCAUCUUCCAGGAGCGAGACUUGUUAAAGACAUUCAAGAUCCCCAUGGAUACGUUUGUGGCCUACAUGAUGACAUUGGAAGAUCACUAUCAUUCAGAUGUGGCUUACCAUAACAGCCUGCAUGCUGCUGACGUGGCCCAAUCCACACACAUCCUCCUCUCCACUCCGGCCCUGGAUGCUGUCUUCACAGAUCUUGAGAUCCUAGCAGCCAUCUUUGCUGCAGCUAUCCACGAUGUAGACCAUCCUGGAGUAUCAAACCAAUUCCUAAUCAAUACCAAUUCUGAGCUGGCAUUGAUGUACAACGAUGAGUCUGUGCUGGAGAAUCAUCACUUAGCUGUUGGAUUCAAGCUGCUGCAGGAGGACAACUGUGAUAUCUUCCAGAACCUCACAAAAAAGCAGCGACAGUCCCUGCGCAAGAUGGUCAUCGACAUGGUUUUGGCCACCGAUAUGUCGAAACACAUGAGUCUGCUGGCUGAUCUGAAGACCAUGGUGGAGACUAAGAAGGUGACGAGCUCUGGAGUGCUGCUGCUGGACAAUUACACCGACAGGAUACAGGUGCUUCGUAACAUGGUGCAUUGUGCUGACCUGAGUAACCCCACCAAGUCCCUGGAGCUGUAUCGUCAGUGGACUGAUCGGAUAAUGGAGGAGUUCUUCCACCAGGGAGACAGAGAGAGGGAGAGGGGAAUGGAGAUCAGCCCUAUGUGUGAUAAACACACGGCCUCAGUGGAGAAGAGCCAGGUGGGUUUCAUCGACUACAUCGUGCACCCUCUGUGGGAGACCUGGGCUGAUCUGGUUCACCCCGACGCCCAGGACAUUCUGGACACGCUGGAAGACAACAGGAACUGGUACCAGAGCAUGAUCCCCCAGAGCCCCUCCCCGCCCUUCUACGACCAGGGCACGCACGGACACAGCGGUGGCACUGGGGGGCAGGGAGGCGGGGAAAAGUUUCAGUUUGAGCUGACCUUGGAGGAGGAGGACUUGGACGGAAUAGAGAAAGAUGGUGACGAAGAAGAGGAGGAAGAGUUGGAGGAAGAGGAGGACAGUCUAGGAGAUUCUCGUUCUCCUCCUCUGGACUAUUUGGACAUUCAGGAGCAUGAAGAGGGCGGCAUGAUGGAGCCGACGACGGCAAUAGAAAUUGUGACACACGAGGCGUCACCGACAGACACAUAGGGCUUCCAUCAUCAGGCUCACAUGGUGAUUUGAAGGCUUUUUGAAAAAAAAGAGGAGAGAUCCUCUUGCAGCUGUGCUUUUUAAUAAGCCCACAGAAGCAAGGGCUUAUUUCGUCCCGCACAGGGGCGUCUUGCACUUGGGUGUUUGAAGCCAGUUACGGACGGACAGUUUCAGUGGAGCGGCUUCAGAGUUCUCAGGAAAUAAUUGCUGCGGACAUUUUAGUCUUGAUGGACAGGCGAGACUGAGGGUGGAACUUGAAGGAUUUCGGCCAGUUUGGGAAAUGGUUACUUUUCUUUUCUGGACUGGCAUUAAAUGGACAUUGACACUACUGAGAGAAGUUUUGUACCUGAAGACUUUUUUUUAUAGAUAUGAUAUGAUCUAGAAGUAGCAUAGAGUAAGAUCUACUGAUGGAGACACAUUUGUAUAGCAAGAGAAAGUGUUUACUUUUUUCCUGUACCAUUUGUCAAAGGACUUUUGUGUGCCUUUUUUACUAUUGUCUUUAUAAUAGUUUUUUAUUUAUUGAACACUCUAGUAUGUCUGUGAAAUGUUUUCUUUGUUUUUUGUUUUUUUUUCUUAUCUGAAAGAGCAAAAUCUUUUUUGUAUGUUGAAUAGAGAACAGUCUUCCAUGUAUUGGGCAAUAGAGAAAUCCAAACAAACGUCGACAAACAACUCUUGGACAAACUCAUCGAAAUAGGGAAACAUCAACAGCCACACCAUUAUGCACAUUUUGUCACCUCUAUAUUUCAAUCUGAGCACAGUGUUUUUCUUUGCACGUACAGUUCAAACCUUUCAGGUUCACUCAUGUUUCAUCUUACAUGUUUAGUUUGUUGCUCUUUAUAUCAGAUAUUGGUCAAUGAAUGUCACAGCCACACUGAAAUACAUAAUCUAUUUUCAUACUCCAUCUCUUUCUUUUGUUUUCCUUGCAACAGUCUGCAGAUCAUUUGCGGCACUUCCUGCGUUUUCACACCAAAGCUUGACUUUGACUGCAAAAUGCUCAUAGAGGAUACGAGAACCCUACAUGUGCAAUGAAAUGGCCAGGGAUUCCUGCUAAAUGUACAGUGAAGUUAACUGGAACAUUUGAUUUACAUGCUUGUCAUUUGAUCCAAUAGUUGUUGUGUAGGUGUGAAACAGAGGAUGGUCCAGGUCCUAAUAACCCCUCAAAUGAACAGCUCAUGACAACCAGCUGCUUAGGUCUAUGAAAAAAAACAAAAAACUAAAUGAAGUCUGCCAAGGACGAAAUGCACAACAGCGGUGAAUCUAUUUUUAGCCCACAGGUAUGCUGCAGUCUUAAUAAUCCUUUUAGCUGGAAUGGGUCCUGACCCCAGACCCGUCUGAUGUAACGCCCCCCUGCCCUUCUGCAAUCAGGCUCAGACCAGAUGAUUAAAGGUGCUCUUACAGCUGCCUGUCUGAAAGGCGCUCUCAUACCCUCAUCAGCGCCACUAUUCACAUGGUUUACAAACCCCUCUGGGCUCAACAGACACGACCCCAAAACAAUCAGGCUAGCUAUUUCUUCCUCCCGACAAAAAUCCCUCAAGUGCAGCGUCUGCUCAUUGACGUCAAUUGAAUUUUUUCCCUCCUCCCUCCACUGUAUCAGGUUUCCAGGACAGUCGGGUUAUUAGAAUUUGGAACAGAUGGAAUUGCUGGAUACAGCAUGGCAGACUGUACCCUUUUGAAACAGAAAAGAAGAAUAAUUAGGUGCUCGAGGUUGAAAACAAACCAAAAAAAUACCUCUCUUUUGAUGGGUAGUAUGAUCUGAAAAUGGUUUGCAGACUUCACAUUUCUCCUCCUGUGGCUUCCAUGACUAAUAUUAAUGGAUGUUCUAGAUGCAUCCAUAAUCUCAUCUCUCCAUUUUCAUAUUGGUUUACUGACAAAACUCAAAAGGUACUUCAUCAAAUUUCACCACAGCAUGCUUUAAGUGGCAAUUGUUUGUGUGCAGUAUGUAUGUACGGAAGGUUUUGUAUGCAUGUGUGUAUGUAUGUGUGUGUGUGUGACUUUGUCUUCAGGCCUUACCCUCAUCACUCCACACCUUUGUCUCUACUGUUUGUUGCUAGGAGCUCAAGUUGGUCCUUUUUGCUGUUUAUAACAGUGUGUAUUUAUUCUAUACUUUAAGCUUGUAAAUAAGAAAUACUGGCUCAGUGUAAAAUCUAUUUUAAUUUAUAUGCACUUGCAUUACCUGGAAGUGGUGGUGUCCAACGUGUAGAAGACUCUGGAUUAGAGUCUUUUUAUAUAUGUAUUAUAUAUUGUUUUUAUAAAUAUAUAUAUAAAUAUAUCUAAGUAUAUAUUCGCACAAUGUUUUGAGUGCCCAGCAGAGCAGCAGCUAAAGAGACACAUUGUUGUUGUUAGAUGAGAAGCUUGUAACUCCAAAUUAACAUUUUUACUUUUACAGAAAAGUUCAAAUUGUCUUUUAAUGUAACGUCACCGACAAGUAAAUGAAAAACUUUAUAUUGAGCUUAUAAUGCAUGAAUAUUAAACCAAAAAUGUUUUCACUUUGGCAUCACUUUGAUUCUUAACACUUUGGUAUUUUUCCAAAUAUCUGAAAAUGUGACGUUUCUCAGUAAAAUUUCAGCUUCGUUACUUUUCUUAAAUAAUCGCCCAAAUUAUACAGAGGACUUUGAAAGUUCUCAUUUUUGUUACUGAGAUAUUUUCUGAAGGAUCCAGCUGAGUUUUUGAAGCUACAAGGUUUUUUUUUUCUGACAGCAACAAUUUGGUAACCCAGAGGCAACAUAGAGGACAUGUUAAACUGCAUAGGCUUGAAUAUAGGAUACACACAAGCUAGCUUGGGAACGCAGAAGCAUAGCCGAUGCUCAGUAUCAAAAUACACAAACUUUCUCUCAGCGGCGCAUCACACCGAAGCUUCUCCACCUAGCAUUUGAAUGCAGAUUGCUGAUAUAUGAGGCCAGAUACAGGUUCGACUGACAAACACAAGGUGAUUGUCUCCCUUUUACACUUAACUCACUUCAUGUAAAGGUAGAUAACACGGGGACGGUAUUGGUAGCAUGCUACAAUACGCCCGGCACUGACGUGAAUCGUUCUGAAUUAACAACAAAACAUGAUCUUAUGUAUCUGAUUGUGCUAAUGUGUGAACUCUUUCUGACCAAACUUGUUAGCAGUUUUGAAAUUCAAAUUUGUCAGUAUUAACAUUGUUUAUCUAUGUUCAAGCUUUUUUUGGUCCUAGUUGUGUCCAAAUGGUUAGCCAGAUUUAGCACUAUCUGCAUGAGAGAUGGGUUUCUUUUUCUUUUUUUUUUUUUUAUUGUCAAUAAUAUGUUAAAGUCCACCAGUUGUUGCAGGUGGGUCAUUAAAUGUUUCACACAAUGUAUGGUAUUAUAUUGUAUAUUGUGUUCAAAAAUAAAUCUCAAAUACUUUUUCUAUUAAGUGAUUAAAAGCAAAGCAUGAGUAUA